CUGUUAUAACAAUUUACAUUGUAUCUCCUCUUAGUGAUAAGUGUUUAAUUGCAUUAGAAUGGGGUGGAUUUGAUGGAGAUAAUUUAAUCGAUUGUUCUAGUUAAAAACUCAUUCUGAACUUAUUUUCAACUCAUUUCGAGCUCAUAAUCAAUUGUUAAUCAAAACCUUGGAAAAUAUUCUGUAAGUAUUUAAACAAAUAAGCUAAAUGCAGCAACAAACGUAAAGACAUAACAAAAGUGAAUCCAACCAAAUAAGUAAAACCGUUGAAAAUGAUUACUAAAGGUUAUAUUUUGCUUCUUUGCUUCAUUGCUUCUGUUUGCUGUGAAGUUACCCUGCCUGGUCCAUGUCCCAACAUUCCAGCUCCAGCUAAUUUCUCAUGGAAAAAGAUGGAAGGAUCCUGGUAUGUCCUGAAGGAAACAAAAGAUGAAAACGGUGAUCUUGAAAACUGUCCAGUCGACACAUACAUUUUCCGAGAUAACAGCUCCGUUACAUAUUUGAAUGGAUUCCAUUUGGGAGGGUACACACGAGGUGAAGGUGGCCCUGGACUGAUUGACCAGUCUCAACCAAAUAAAAUAACCAUCAAAUUCACACCAACUGGAAAGAGCUUCGAUAGAUAUGUUGUGGACACUGACUAUGAGAAUUAUGCUGUUCUUAUCGGCUGUAAAGAGAAAAAAGGAAAUCACUUAAUCCAUGCUAAAUUAUUAACAAAAAGCCAGACUCCUCCAGCUCAAUCAAAACUGGCUGCAUACCUUGCUGUACAAAACUUAGGAGUUCCAGUGACUUCUUUGAUUAAUAAUUACGAUCAAUACUCAUACUGUAAUGGUUAUCCUGACUCUAAAGCCAAUAGAGGAAAAUCCCAAUCCUAAUGGAAAGCGACAUCGAAAAGUCAAUUUGUUCAUUUAUGUUGAAUCGAUCCAAUAAAGUCUUUUUAUUCAUUUGAUAUUGAAUAAUAAACCAAAUUGUUGAGCUUUA